CGUCGAAUUCGAAGAGAGUUAAUUAAUUUUCCAAGCGAUUAGAAAAUGAAUAAGAAUCAUGCGCCACCCGUUUAUCAACAUUCUUACUGUGAGAAGGUUGUAGAUGGCACUUCAAUACCGUUAACUGUCCCAAGCGUCCAAACACUCGAUACAAAGGUUUUAUUACUCGAGUUUCGGCACUGAAAAGGAAUGGAAGUGAGCUUGGAUUUGUAACAAAUAUUCUUAACAGAAAAUAACAAUAUACUGUGCUCCAUUUAACGGAGUUAGUUUAAAGUAUGAAGCGAAACGUCCCAGGCCAUUCUCAUCGCGAUGAAAAAGCUAGAGCAUCACGCAGUGAAGAUUAUGAAGCUGCUUCACAUUCAAGAGCAGAAGAAGAAAAAGUACGACGUAGACGCGAAUGGAUGUUACAACAGAAAUUAAACGAGGAGCAUGAACGAUUGAAGAAGAAAAAGAUUUUAGAAUACGAAAUGCAACGCGCACGUGAGAAAAAAUUACGCGAGGCUAAAGGAAGAUCUCGGUGUAGUCGUAGUAGUAGCCCAAGUAAAUCUCCACCAAGUCGACAUGGAAGAACUUCUGUGUCAGAUACACCCAAAACUUUGUCUGAAAAAUUAGAAUCAUCAAAUGGGACAACACCUAUAUUUAAAGGACCCGAAGGUACACAAAUUAGUGUGACAGAAUUACGCAGAAUCAAAGUAGAUAUUCACAGAAGCAUUCCUGGAAAAUCAACAGCAGAUGAUCUUCACCGGGAGAUUAUUAAUCCUGAAGAUGUGGUGGUCAAAAGAAGAGAGGGAGAAGGAUCCAAGCCAAUAUUUGAAAGGGAAGAAAUAAAAAAUGCAGUAGUCAAAACAGAAGAAGUUGGAGAACGUCGUACUGUUAAAGCUAUAAGUAGUGAAAAUUUAGAAAGCAAAUCAAAAACCUUAAAAAAAUAUACGACGUCUCCGACUAAUGUAAGAGCUCGAAGUCACAGUCUUCCACGUACUUCGCCGCAUCAUUCCAGGCACGAAGACUCAAGACAUAAUAAUAGAGAAAUUUAUAGAAAUGAUAGGGAAAGAGAACAUAAUAGAGAUAAAAGUAGAGAGUAUAGAGAACGUCAUAAUGAACAAGAAAGAAGACGUACUCAUCCACAUAACAUAGAUAACAAUCGGUCACGAGAAAGAAGUCGUCGUGAUCAUUCGCGUUCUAGGGAAAGAGAAGAAAGAAAAUGGGAUAGAAAUUCUCAUCAUAAUAGAUCAGUUAGGGAUGAGAGAUCUUAUCAAGAGUACCGAGGAAGGUCAAGAGAACGCUCUAAGGAGAGGAGAGAUAGAGAUAGAUCUAGAGAACUGAGGGUUCCUCCACCACAUUAUAUUGAGCAGAUCCCUGUUCCUAUUUAUUGUGGAAACUUCCCACCAAGACCUAUAAUGGUUGGACCCUUAGUCCCUAUUCGUGCACAAGUUCCUUAUGGUAGUGUCAGACCUCCUAUGAUGGGUCCUUUAAGACCAUACCCCCCGCGAUUUAUUCCUCCAGAUAUCUAUAGAAUGCGUCCACCUCCAAAUCCUAGAUUUGGAUCAAUGUAUUAACGUAAUUACCUGUGAUAAAGUUAUAUUUUAAAUUAAAAAUGAAUGGUGGUAUUUCAUUGUACAAUGAUGAAGUAGAUAAUAUUUGAUGGUUCAAAUAUUAAUCGAAAUUUAUGACCAAAAAUUGCAAUAGAGUUGCAAGGGGAUAAAUCAUGCUCAAAUUAGCAUAUUUUUUAGUAAUAUUUAAAAUGUAUAAAUAUUUUAUAAGUUUUUAACUGUGUUGCUAGCUUACUACAAUCAUUUUACUUAAUGUUAAAGCUUUGUAAAUGAUAUACAUACGUAAUUUGAAGUGUAAUCAUAAGAUCAAGAAUUUCUGUAAAUUUUAAUUGCCGCUAUAUAUAUAUAUAUAUAUAUAUAUAUAUUUUAAACUGUAUUUAAUAUCAAUUUAACGUGUGACACCUACCCGAAAUAAACUUGUGAUUUCUGUGA